AAACACUGUUCUAAUUUUCCGCUCAUCACAAGUAAAACUGAUAUUGGAAACUGGAUAUCCGCGGGAGUUUUGAAAGUCACUCGAUUAACCAAACAACUGAGGAAUUUUACUUGGUAAAACUAAUUCAUGGACGACCUUUGAGCGACGCUGAAGUGACCUUAGAAAUGUUCACCUACUUGCUAUGGUCAGCCAAAACGCUAUUUAGGCAGAUGAAUAAGCGAAUUUCGUGUCGAAUUCCAAAACCUAUUAUCUUAAAUCUAUUUGGUUCGUCCUUAAAUCAUAGUCUCGCCGUCAACUGCUACCUGUAAAUAUGUCCCGUCAAGUGAAAAGUGGUUGGUCCGAAUGAUAUUUCUAAACUGUUUUCCCAUUAAUGCUGUGCAGAUGAACAUGUUAGCGGUAGCUGAUAGGUCUAAAAACAUCACCAAACAAUUCAGCCUUCACAUACGGGUUGACUCGUUUAUGGGAAUCAAGACUGAACAUGAUUGAAUUUUUACAACCUACAUGAUCACCUGUAAACCUGAACCUUUACCUAUCAUCUGCAAAUUUACUAACUGCUGUGCAAGUGAUUCCCUGAUUACUGAUCAUAUCUGUUUUCUUGCAUGUUCUUCCCACUUAAAUACAUAUCAACUAAACUUGUGCUAUCAAUACUUUUUCAGCACCCUAGCUUAUCCAUUAAUAUUUCCCAAGCACCAGUUCUUCAGUUUCUGUGGUCGUCAGACCUAUAACUGGGUAGAUUAAGUGCGUGGCAAUUUGGAUGGGAACUGUUCUUCGGUGUCAACCAUGGAGCCAGUGACUUUGUCGCAGAUCUUUAACGAUCCGUUGUUUAAUGACAUUUCCGAAAGUUUUUUAGAUGGAAUCGAUGUAAACGAUUUCUCUUUCGAUGUGUCUACAUUUUUCGAUAGCCCUGAUGCGAAAAAUAUGGAUGAUGAAGCUGUCUCUAGCCGGUCUGAGAAGACGACUUUAGAAUCACUUCUGAAGUCUGAACCAACUUCAGACGUUUCUACAACAAAUACAGGGCUGCAACUAUGGGAAAAUGAACAUAACAAACAGAAUUUCUCUUGGGAAAUUCCAUCUGUCCAUCGUUCUACAUUCCCUCAAGUAAAGGUAGAUGGUCAUGUUUGUGCACCCACUCAGCGUACAUAUGAAGUACCACUAAUAUCCAGGCUAUUAUGCGAUUCUGAAAUCCAAACUCUUAAUAAAAACGGGGUAGACUCAAGUGCUGAGAAGACACACUUUGUGAUCAACAAGAAUGAAGAAGACAACAAGGUAAAUGUAGAGCAAUGUGAACAAAAACAUGAAACCAUUAAACGAGCACCUCAUAAUGCUAUUGAGAAACGUUAUCGUGCCAGUAUAAAUGGGAAAAUUGAUGAACUCCGUAGGCUUCUAACGCCUAUAUCAUCUACUGAUGUUAAAAUGAAUAAAUCUGCUGUUCUUCGUCGUGCGAUCGAUCGUAUUCGUGAACUUGAAGAAAGAAACGCACAAUUGAACACUGAGUUGAUGGCUUUCCGUUCGUCUAAUGCCUCAAACGUGUCCUACGUUGAUUCUGAUAAAAGUACAUCCGAAAACGAGUUACUAUCAUUUGAAACAUCACCAUCUCUAGACAAUAAAAAAAUGAAUGAUUAUUAUCAUCAAUGUAAAACUUCUCCACAAAGUUUUUCCAGUGAAUGUAUACCAUCAUCAAUUAAUCAGGUAUUUCAUUUUACAGGCAAAUCUAUUCAACCAACAAAUUUAUCACCAUAUAAUUCAAAUGGAAAAGGAGUAUCAGUAAAAAAAAUGAAAGAAUAUUCUAAUUCAUUUCAUUCAUCGUCAUUAUCUUCUGCAUCAUCAUCUUCAUUAUCAUCACCGCCAUCAAUUAAUUCGCCGCCUAAUUUCCAAUUAAAUAAUGAUAUUAAAUUUAUUACUAAUUCACAAUAUUCUUCUGUUUCACCACCAUCAUCUUUGUCAUCAUCAUCACCACCACUAGGAAUAUCUAACGGCAUUGUCAUUCCAUCAUUUAUUUUACAGCAUCAUGAUUUAUAUGAUAAUAAUUGUAUUAAUAAUGAGAAUUUACCAACCCAUCAACAAUAUCAAUAUUAUCAUCCAUUAUCAUCGGCCUCUUUACUACAAUCGUCAACUACUCAAAAUUCUUAUGGAUCGCAACAAUUAUUCUGUACACCACAUUCAACUGUUAUUUUACCUGAACAAUCAGUGAUGAUGAAAGAUGACUGUACUCGUAAAGUUCAUCGUAAACGUUUAGCCGAUGAUUCUAAUGGUGUUGGAGGACGAGGAGCAUCGUUUACUCCGACCAAGGCAAGAUGUGGCCAUUUGCUAGUUAAUCAUGACUUGGAAGUAAAAAAACUAGCUGUCCCACAUGUAAAAGAGAAAUUCAACUUAAUUUCAACAAAUAACAUUUAUAAUAAUAAUAAUAAUAAUAAUAAUAAUAAUGGUAGUGGUAAUCGAAAUAAUACUAUACAGGCACAGUUCCCUACUGUAUGUCAGUUAUUAUGUGAAACAAAUUCAUGUUCACAUACACCUGUCUUAACAAAAGCUAAUAUGCCAAAUGCUAUUGUAAAUCAACAAAAUCAUCCAAUUGGUGGUGGUUAUAAUGAAGUGAUAGCCCGAACUACUCUAUGCGUUGCUGCUUUAUGCCUUAUUGCUUUCAAUCCAGCACAAAUAACUAAUCAAGCAUAUAUGAAUACUGGUGGUACUAGUACAAGAGACAAUAAAAUAUCAAAUGCUAGAACUUUGCUCUCGUAUUUCGAUGCGUCUACCAGCACAACUUCCAAAAGCGAGAACAUAGUCGCAACAAUUAUCCCUAGUUCAUGGCUUAUAUCAAUAAUGUAUAUUUUACAAUGGUGUAUUGCUUUAUUAUUAUGUUCAUGGGCUUGUUAUAAAAAGCACAUACAUGUCCAUCUUUUUAAUUAUAGUUAUUAUUGGUCAAAGUCAAAAAAUACUGUAAUCUCAUCGUAUGAGGUUAAAUCACAUUUUAGACAAGCUAAUUUAGCUAUUAGUCAGCUGACUUGGUCUGUUGCUGAUUAUCACUUGAGGCAAUGCUUACAUUCACUUGGCAGUACACAUUGCGAAUUGACUCAAUCUGAAUCAACGGUUUCUUUUCCUCGAUAUAUUUAUUUAUGUAUAUGGUUUCUAAUUAAAUUCGGAAUCAACUUGCUUAGUAUAAUUUUAAUCGAAUUGCCCUGUUGGCUUUGGAUGUGUUCUUUUAAAAAGAAGGUAGAUCAACCUAAUCCGAUAAUAAACAGUGGUCAUUCAUACUGUAAUGAAAAGAGUAUCAUCUCUGCAGCUGAAGUUCGUCUACGCCUAAUGGAGUUAUACUUAUUUGACUAUGUGCCGAAAAGAGCAAAUACAAACAAUUCUAUGCUUUUUAAGUUCAACCGUUUACUGGAUAGUAUCUCUCUAGCUGUGAUGUGUAUUCACGAUUUUCUUCAUUCUCUAUCUACUCAACAAAUAUAUUGUACCAACGACAAGUUACAUGAAAGUAAUCAAAAUAUAGGAAUAUCAUCAGCUGUUGAUAACAAAUUGCCUAUCAAUCUUUUACCUAGACAAGGUGUAACACUUGGACUCUUUCUAAAACGAAAACUUGGAAUGUAUUAUCUUGGUUCUCUGAUCAUUCGUAUGACAGUUCAUGUGACUCUCCGAUUUCGUUUGUCGAAGUUAUGGAUAAAUUGGUUCAAUAAUUCAACAUUUAUCGAAUUAAUUAUUUCAAAUCAAAAGUUGAAUUCAUGCGCUAUAGGUAUCAAUACAACUUAUUCAUCAUCAUCAUUGACCAGAUCUUCUACAAAGGCGGUUGGUUUACAUGACCAUUCAUCCAACAAAAAUAUGUCACUAGCGAAUUAUACAGAAAAGAACAUUAUUAAUCAAAUAUUGAUUGAAUUACGCGAGCAUAUUACUUGUCAUUGUUUAAAGGUUAUAUUGUAUGGUAAAGUUGAUCAGGUGAAAAGUUUACAGUCAUACAUUCAUCUACUGUCGCAAUUAUCACCUUCAUUAAAUGUAUACAAUAGUAAUAUGAAUAACUACAGAACUAGUGAAAUUGAAUAUGAAGAAACUAGUGAUCAAGUUUCAUGUGCUCACUGGUGGGCUCAAAUGUUAAAUAUUCUUUGGGAAUAUAGGUGUGAUCAAUUGACAUUACCUUUACAAUCAUCAUCUUCAUCAAAAUUGUUGGUAACAAGAAACCAGUCAAAUCAAGCAUAUCAUGUUGUUACACCUCAAUCACUUUUCAACUGUCCUUGUUUGGGUGAUCUAGUUAAAGUUUUAUCGAUCAUUAAUAAAUUUGAUUCUUUGGAAUGGAAAUCAACUUCUUGUAUGCUGCACAGUGUAUGUUCUUCAGUAAGAAAUCUUAGGAAAUCUUGUCGAAAUUUGACUAAUAUCAAUACAAUCAAUAAACAACCUUCUGAAUCCGAUCUUCAGUUAGAUUAUAUGCGAUUCAACUUUCUGGCUUGGUCUAUGAUCGCCACUAGUUGGUUUAUUGACGUUUUAAUUAUAAAAUUAAAAAGUCUCAAUCAUAAUGAUAAUGGUGAUGAUAAAAUAAUGAAGACUAUAACAACCAAAGCGAUGAAAGAUCGAUCUACAGAAGUAUUUCAAGGCUUUAAUGAUGCUUUGUAUUUAUUGCAUCAAUUAGUUGAUUAUUUUAAUAUGCCUGCAUCGAAUUGGAUUAGAGUAAAGUUACGAAAUGCGGAAGCUGUUCAUCGUUUGCUAACUGGAGCAUGUCCGACUCGUGCACGAUUCGCUCUCUUACAAAAUUAUAGUCUCUCUUGUUUGGCUUCCUCUUCUGUUUCAGGGAAUAUUAAAGAUAAUCAAAACAAAUUGGAAAAUAGUGAUAUUUCCAUUUCUAAUGUUUCUAACCAUAUUAGUAGUUGUAAUGGUCAGAAUCCACUUGACUGUCAUGAUCAUUUAAAUGGGAAUGCAUCUGCAAUAGUUAAUCGGUCAUCACAGAGGAAUGGCAUGCUAAUACAAUCACCGGGAUGUUGA